ACCCUGAAAAGUGUUAUUUCGCUGAGGGUGAAACACUCAACUAGAAGCCUCUUCAUGAUUUUGUAAUAAUCCGUGGAAUUGUGCAAUCCAUGAAAAAGUUGCUCCACAAGUAACGGAGUGAAGUGAAUUUUCGGUGUGUUGCUGUCAACGGAAAACUUUUUCCCAUUUCCCACCACCGAAACAUUGGCGAUACAUUAAACUGUUAUAUCGUGCCGAGUCACUCCUCUCAGCCAAGGCGGAGGGCAAAUAUCGAGAGGUGAGCGUGAAUCAGCGUGAGAGCUCAGCAAAACGUGGUGAAAGGACACAGUGUGUGGCCGUGCAGGAGAACGACCGUAUCAUCAUCCCCUAAAUACCGUGCAAUCCGGUGCUACAUAUCCCCAAGUGGCUCAACUAAAGUCUUCGGCACGUCUCUUGCUGUGUUGUGUGUGUGUGUGUAACAUGAGGGGUUUCGGUGCGACCGGAAGUGUACAACUACAGCUCGUCAAAGCACAACAACCACGACAUCGCCAUCAGGAAGCGACGCCGGGCUCGUCGACAGAAUUUGCAGUCACUUCUAGUGUUAAUAAUGGUGAUGACAUGACCAUUUCCUUUGUUCUUCGCCCGCCUCUCGCCUGGUGGUGAAAUCAUCUGGCGCGAAGCAAAUACCAAAUCCCGGGGAAAAACACUGUCAUCGCAGGCCUCAGCGCAGUUUCACUUGCGAAAAUGGCAACAAUUUGUCGAGUAUUUGCGGUUUGGAUCUCAUUGUCGGCGGUGUAUUUCGUGCAUGAGCUGCAAGCCUCCUCAUCUGCCUCAUCUAGUCAGCAAGACAUUAAUUUGCAAGGAGUUGAACCAGAACCCGAAUUUGAGGGAACAAUUGCCAACGUGACGUUUCCAGCCGGCAGAGAAGCCCUCCUCACGUGCUCAGUGAAGAAUCUGGGACGAUAUAAGGUCGGCUGGCUGCGAGCAUCGGAUCAGACAGUUUUGGCACUACAAGGACGAGUUGUGACACACAACAAUCGAAUUAGCGUUGUCCACGAAGACAUGCACACCUGGCGAUUGCGCAUCAAGCAAAUCCGAGAAUCUGAUAAGGGGUGCUACAUGUGCCAAAUAAAUUCUAGCCCUAUGAAGAAGCAAAUUGGAUGUAUCGACGUGCAAGUGCCUCCGGAUAUAAUCAACGAAGAGUCAUCAGCGGAUAUUGCCGUACAAGAGGGAGAGGAUGCAUCAUUAACGUGUCGUGCCACGGGAAAUCCAAUCCCGAGAGUCACAUGGAGACGAGAGGAUGGCGAUGUUAUUCUUCUAAAGAAGCCUGGAAGUCGAGAGGUUGUGAAAGCUGAUUCAUACAACGGAACAUCAUUAAAAUUGUCUCGACUGGAGCGCCGUCAAAUGGGAGCUUAUUUCUGCAUUGCCUCCAAUGAUGUUCCACCCGCCGUUUCCAAGAGGGUUUCAUUAAGCGUUCAUUUUGCCCCAUCAGUUCGAGCGCCGAGCCAACUAUUGGGCGCCCCCUUGGGCUCUGAUGUGCAGCUGGAGUGUCAGGUCGAAGCGUCACCGGCGCCCGUGUCGUACUGGCUGAAGGGUGGUCGCAUGCCAGCCACUAGUUUUACCGGGAGCACCACCAGCCUGGAAUCGGGUCAACCCCGGCCGGAGAUGCUCCUCGACGGCCCCAAGUACGGCAUUACGGAGCAACGGUCAGGAUAUCGAGGUGUCAUGAGACUGGUUGUUCGCUCCUUCUCGCACACGGACGUCGGGACGUACCACUGCGUAAGCACCAACUCUCUGGGACGUGCCGAGGGCACCCUUCGCCUCUACGAAAUUAAAAUUCAUCCCGGAAGUGUAACGUCAGAUGAUGAGCAAACAAAUUUCAUCGGAGGACUCGCAGAGGCGGCGAGAGGACGGGGCAAUUCCAGUGCCAAUUUGCCACAAAUGAUGAUAUCAAAAACAACAUUUUUGCUCAUGACAACUCUAUGGAUGUACGCUAGUUCUUUAUUUUCUAUCACUACGACCUCCGCAUCAUUGAGACUCCUGCAGAGCUGACAACAUCAUUGAACACAUCCCCAAUUGCUGGGCGCAAGAUCCGGACAGGAUAGAAUGAGAAGUGUUCACCCCAUUUGUUAAGUGAAAUCAUUAGGGGUGAAUUUUUCUGACACUUCGUUAUAAUAAAAAUAGGACAUCGUUGCAAAAUGACGACAAUGAGACAGUAUUUCUUUUCAUCUCACAUUUUUUUCCUUCUUCAUCCUCAGCACCCAUUUUCUCACAGUCGCGCUGUCGAGGAAACUUACUCAUAUUUACUGUCCGUAAAGUGUGAAGUCUGAGGAAUGAUUAUUAUAUGAUACGAUGUCGUGGCAAUGCCAAGAAAGUAUUGUGCUGGGACUUUGAGUGAGAAAAAGCGGGAGGAAGAAGAAAAAUAUACAAGAAGAGCGUGUGAAAACUAUAUUUUUCCAAUGUGGGUGCCAUUCCUAUUGUGAUCAAAGUUUUAUGGUAAAAGUUCUCAAUUUCACAAAAAAGGACUCAGCGGUGAAGAGAGUGGAGUUCUUUCGGCGGUGAAAAGUUUCUACAAUACAUGCAAUACACAUGACGAAUGGGAAAAACCUUAGAGAGAGAUGAAAUGAAUUGAGUAUGAAGAAGAGUGUAUGUUCAUAUCAAUGCAGCCGCAUAGCAGCAACAUGGUCAAUUGUGCAAAAUAUUUCACUUUUUUGUACAUAAGAAUGAGAUCAAUUGCAGAAACCAAUAUCAUUACUAUAUCAACGAAAAUAUAACACCUCGUCGAAAGAUGAUCAUAUUUUCGGUUUUAUACCAAAGUGGUCAGAGGAAAUCAAUAUCAAUUAGUUGUAAAUUAGAAAAAUUUCCACUAUACAAACUUUUUGUGAGUGAUUUUGUACCAUAUUCAAGGACAAAGAUUACAAAAAAACGAGUCUUUUAUAGAACAAAUCUACCACAUAUCGCUGGAGUGAAAUUCACUAUGAAAGGGCAUGGCUGAAAAUUGAAAUUCAUUGUGAUUUUUCUAACGUCAUAUCCUGCCAAACAUCAAAUGAACAACAUGAAUGCAAAUUUUUCCACCAUAGCAUGGACGAGAGAAAAUUUUUCAUUUAAAACACCUCACGUUUGGUCGCGAACACAAAAACCUCGGCCUCAGCAUGAAUGGAAAAUACGUUAUACAUAUUCAAAGCCAAUUGAAUGGUGAAAAAAUCAUUUGCAGUGGCAUUUAUUAAUGCACAGAAAAUAUGCUAUCAUGUUGUGGUAGCGAAAUAAAAUACUUUUAACUGUUGCCCUCUUUUUUCAGUCGCCCAUUAUAAGUUUUAGGUAAUGCAUUUCGGAUUUUGGUUUUGUGGAUUUUUCAGCCACACACAGCAAUUAAUUUUUUCCUACCCUGUAUUAUUAUGUAAACAUAUGGAGUAGGGGAAAGAGGGGCUAGCAGAAGGGCAACACUCAUGCGAAAGUCAAAAUAAAUUGAAGAGUAAAUGUAAAGCGAUUCUACCAUGAGUUCAACGGACUCAGCAGAUCUUCUUGACAUGGUGCUUGAGAUUCAAAUGCAUAGACUCAAUAAAAAAGUCAUAAUAAAACCUGUUGAGAGUGUGCGAAUGCGAUCAGAAUAUCACCAUCUUGGCGGAUUUUCCCCUACAACUGCUAUGCAGUAUUAAAUAACGAGGCCACAUGGCUCUUCUCACAAUUCCUGGCUGGGCUGAUACGAUAAUUAGAGUGUGAUAGCUGCAAUAUAAAUACUUUUCAUAUAGUUCAGCAGAGCAACUGAUGCAAAAAAACGAUGAUUAUAUUAAUAGUGACAGUUUGUGAAAUGGGUAUUUGCAAUACCUUAUAAUGAAACAGAUGUAAUACUGGAUGGCGAUAAUUGGAACGAGUGAGUCUCGUAUUUCAUGCUCUAGCACUUCUGUCAUACGUCCAUGCUUUUUUUCCACCCCGACGUUUCUCUCUUAGAAAAAUUAUAUCCAUUAUCUGGCGAGCAUUUGGGGAGGGAGAGUGAAAAGAUUUCCACUUUAAAACAUCGCAUGAAUGCACAGUGUGGCACUGUGAAUGUGUGCGGGUUAUAAAAUCAGCAGCUCCCGACGCUUUUUCGUCGUGCCACCCCACAUCGAAGGGCAACCGCAAGGGGGAAUGGCAGACCGAUCGAAUGAUGAGUGAAUGACAAGGGGGUGGCUAAAGUACGCUUUAAAAAGGCAUCUCUCGCCCAUCCACAAAGUGUGGAGCGCGCAAAUCAUAUUUUGAUGAACACACCGACGAGGAGAAAAUUUUUAUACAUUUCAUCCUCCAUCAACAUAUACGAUGUGCGCGCUCUUUCGCCAUGUGAGAAUUGAAUAGAGGCUCAUUCGCCGGGUCGGGAUGGAAAAUCUAUAAAAUUGUAGGUUGCUGGGGAGGGACCGUGAUUCCCACAAUGGGCUUCGGGUUGGCCAAUAAAACUAUGACGAUAUGAAGAGCCGUGUGUUAGAUUUUCGCGAUGCUGUGUUAUCUCUGGAAUUGUAUGUGAGCGCACGUCCAUAUAAAUAUGAUCCGGAGGGUAUGAAUAUGUGACUGAUGGUGGCAAAAAAGAAUGUAGAAAUUUCGAUAUUGCACGGAGAGGAAGCCAGUGAGAGUGUGCGACAUAGUGCAAAAUCCGGAUUCUAGAAUUGUCCCCUAACAACCGCCGAUGCACACAACAUAGCAUCAUUUACAUAUUUCGCGCCCUGUUGUGUCUCCUGCUUGCACAUGUAUUCCGCUGACAUUUUAUUUAUAUCAUCUGUCGCGGAUGAUGCAUAAAAGUUUAUCAUGCUCUCAUCCACUGUUGAGCAUAAAUUUAUAACAACAACGAAUGACAUGCAAAAAUUAUUUCGCAUGUGCAAUUCUUCUCCACGUCUAGCCAAACCAGUGAGAAUCCCAACACCCCAACCAUACCCACGAUAAUACCAGUUCAAUUCGCGUCUUCACUGCGCCCUACCCUCGAAUCCUGCUUAAGAUAUAUGUUCCUCAGCGUAAAAUCUUUUGUGUAGUGCGCUCGGAAUGUUUUACAUCAUAAACUGCACUUUUCCACCUCGUCACCGUCAUGGAAAAUUCAAAGUAUUUUCCACUCUGAACACACGUCGCCACUCUUUUGCAUUCUCGAUACGCUCGAGAGUGUCGUGAAGUAUGUAUGAACAUACUGGGGAGCUUUCGAGAGGUUGCGGGGAAACGCAUGCAAUAUAGAGUGAAAUAUGUGACAAUUUUCGCCGAUCAUCCAAAGUUAAGGGCUCACAAACUAUGAGCACAGUUAUUUUCCUCACACGAAAAAUUUACCUGUAAUUACAUAAUUCCCUUAGAGUAAUUUUAGACAAAUUUGCCUAUCAUUUAAGCAGUUUAUAUUUUCUCAGUUGUUACACAUGCACAUUAUGAAAUUCUCUUUACAUAAUCAAAUUAUCUCAAUCUAUUUCAAUUGGCCAAAUAUGUAUCUUAGCUAGAAACACCUCUGGUUCCAUAGAAAGGCUUUUAAAAUUUCCAAGAAAUCGUAUGUUAUCAUGCUACACAUGUUCAAUUGUUGUUCUCUUGACGUUUCGACAGAUUUAGCCAUCAAAGUGAAACCCUCUUGGCAACAGCGAAGCCCGUACCUAAACAUAUCGAAAUUGGGUGUUGAUCGGCCCUUCUGUGCACAUUCUGCACAAUUACACCGCUUUUGCCGCCCUCCAAUUGCAAUUUCAUACCCGCCAAAAGCUUCCCCUUUGCAUAUAAAUUCACAUCGGCUAGACAAACCGUUCGACCCCAAACUCACGCUCAGUCUGUGGAGAGUCAAGCGCCUGAAAACUGAGAAUAAAUUGACUCCAUCGACGCUGUGCCAGGUGAACGCGUACGAUUCGGGGAAUUUGUGAAUAAUUAAAAGGUAUUGAUAUGUUCAUUUUAUCCCGCGUAUGUGAUUUACUACCGUCAACACAUUUGCACCUCUCGCACAUUUGCAUUUCGCAAUCUUCCCACUCGAAUUCCAAUUCACCUGCACUCAACAGUGGAAAUGCGAACUCCUCUCCCCAAUCUCGGCCGAGCAUGAUUUAGUCAGGCAGAAAGGAUUAAUAUCUUUUAAAAGCUCGAAAGUAAAUGAAGAAAGACAUGGACAUGGAGUAAAUAAACUAUAGGACGAAGGAUAAAUGUGCCAAAUAGACUUCCAAUAUAAAGAAUAGAAUAUAUAGAAAAGAAUUUCCAUCCUAUAGAAUAACACUUGCCAUUAACCUAAUUAAAAAGAAAUGCUAAAACGAGGGGCGAGGCGGGGAUAAGAAAUGUUCUCCUUUACUCUCUUUCAAUCAAAACCCACCCCGAAGAAAUGCAUAACAACUUGAAUUACGAAUAGUGAAUAGAUUAUAACGAAUCGGAGAUAGAUUGUCUCUGGCUAGAGUGAAACGGAAAGCUUGUACAUAAGAGCGCUGAAAGAAGGAAUAAAUGAUUAAGGAAAUAUACAAAAAGAAUCACAACUACUGCAAAGUUUAGUUCUGUACGGGAGAGAAUAGUUUGCUGAAUCAUUGCUCGUGUCAUCGAUUUUGUGUACAUAGCUAAUAGGGUAAUACUCAGUUAUAAAAUUGAUAUAUACUGUUAGUGUGUAAGGAGCUUAAGGUUUAAUUGAAAAUUGUUAACUGAAGAGUAUUAAAACUUAGCCCGCGUCGAUGCGUUGGCAAGAAGCUCGUUCUGAGAGUUUAUAUUACACAGCUAAAUCACAUUCUUCUCACGCAAAUCCAUCUCUUUGUCACAAAGGCAGAUAAAGUGAGAAGAUAUAACUCUUUUUUUGUAAAUAAACAUUAAAUAACAUACAAUGUAAUGAGCGAAGAAGUGAAUCGAUGCAUGGCAACCUUGCCAAGAGCCCUUCCACAGAGUGAAGUGUUCAUUCGUGCUCGAUAUAAGUGACAAAAGUAAUGGUGGGAGACGAAUAAAGCAAAAUGCCAUUACCAGUGGAUGUUUUGUAAAUAAGGAGAAAUAAAAACAAUGAUAGGGGAUGUAAAAGGCGUCUUUAUAGUGUGUAGAAGGCACCAUAAAAUAUCAUCCAUAAAUAAUAAAAGAUU